AUGCAUGCAAAGCGCGCACUGGCACGCAUUGCAGAGAUGGAUUCCGGGGCUCAAGUGAGGCAGGGAGCGCCAAGGGACAGCCGUGCCGAUGAUGGCCUUGACAUGACCGCCGUCCAGAGAGCGAGGACCCUCCUCAUCGGCAGACACACGCCCAUCUACGAGAUGGACGACGCUGCGCAUCUUGUGGCGAAGGAGAGGCGCCCACGGGACAGUUUGAGGAAGGCCCCAUCUGCCGCUGGUGCCCCGUCCUCAUCUGCAAUGAGUGGCGCUCGAAUCCGCAUGGAAGGCUCGGUCGCUGCAGCCACAAGACGGCGGCAGACGCUGAACGAGAACAAGAGGCGGCGACGGCUCAAGAAGAUGCAGAGCCACAUGGAGAAGGAGGAGCCGCGCAUCGCCUUCGGCCGGUCCACCUCUCAUCUGUCAAGGAUGGGGCAGACAGCCACCAACGACACCGACAAGGACCAUGGGUCCCCUUCGGAGAGCGUCGUCGAGGCCUCCAUUCAUCCAUCAGACGGCACACCCGACUACUGGAAGGUGGCAUUGCAGAGAGUCAAAGAGCGAGAGGCGGCGAGACAGCGGGAACGGGAACGGAGUGAGAUCCGGGCGGCAGAGGCCAGGCAGCGCCGCAGCAAGUCUCUGGAGAGGGCCACCCUGCUCCGUCAGACUGUACUGGAGCGGCUGCGGGUGGAGAAGGAGAUCCAGAGAGAGCACCGGUUGGCAGCAGAGGCAUCACGGUUGGCCCAGGAGGAUGCCCGGAGGAGUAUGGGAGAGGUGUGGGAGACAAAAAGAAAGGAGGCAGCCAAGAGGACCAUGGAGCGCGAGGCGCGUGACCGGGAGAGGGUGCAGAGGGAGGCCGAGGCCGCCAGGGUCAAUAACCAGAAACGGAAGGUAGGUACCAAAGACCAAAACACAAAGACACAUGCAUGACCCACACAGAGAGACUAGAGGGACUGUUGCUGCUUUCGUGAAUAUAAUGUGACGAACAGGUGGAGUCUGCGAGGAAGGCCGAGGCGGGCCGUCUCGAGGCCCUGCAGCGAGUGCAUGUAUUCGAGAUUCGGCAGAUGCGCCGGAUUACAUCGGAAGAGGCCCGAAAAAAGCGCGAGCAGGAGACCAGCACGCAUCUGCUGGAACUCAGAGAGGAACAGGUCAGCCAGGCCGAUCCAAGAACCGACGCAUAGACGAGACACGAGCCACAUGACCGCCGACAUUUGGUGCAUGCAGGCCCGCCAGGCAAUACAGGCCGCCAAGCAGCGAAUCAGGCUCAGGCGGCGGCAGACCACCGACGCCAUCCCGUCGAAGAAAGACGAUGGCACACCGCCUCAGCAGCCGUCCCCCCGCCUUUUCCCCCUAAGGUCUUUCCCUCUAGAGGCACGACAACUGGACAGCGACAACACCAGCUACAACGACAAUGGCGAGAAUAAGUUUGUGCUGCCACCGAUCGAGCCAGUGCCAAAGGGGGAGUCUCAGAGCGACGUGCCGUCGAUCAGCAGCGGUGAGCUGUCGGGCCCACUGCCAGUCAUCCUCGACAACACGAGCGGCUCGGCGGCCUCCUCGCCCAGACAGAGAAGGGCCGUCCCGGCUGUUGCGCAGAGUGAUGGUGGAUGGAGGGGCUCGUUCUCUUAUGCUGAGGCCUUCCGAAGGACGCUACGUGAGAGGAAGGAGAAGAGGCAGCAGUACGCCCAGAUCCAUGAGCACCAGCAGGAGCUGAAGCGGCGCACAUCCCAUAAGCACAUCAACACCCACAUGAGAAGGGUUGAGACUCUCACCCACAACAACAACAACAGCAGCCGCAACAGCAGGGACAUCUCUGAGGAAGAGACGACAAACGACCCCUUGGCCGCUCCCGCCCCAAUCCUUACCAGGCCGACGGACGGCAAGAGCCCCUGCUCCCCCUCCCCGCCCCCCGACUCGUCCUCUCCACCCUCUCUCGCGUCAUCGCCCUCUCCCGUACCGCAGGUCGGCGCGUUCGUGGGUCACAUUGCUGGUGAAGACGACCAUUUUUUUAAAAACGAUGGUGUGGCGGCGCCCCACCUGAGCACUCCUUCUGUCAAACGGGAGUGGCUGGCGCCGAAGAAGGCUCCACAAUCAAGCCCUGCGUGCGGGACACCCAACACCAACGCCGGCUGUCGGAGACGCGUGUGAGUGAGAGUCCAGACACGAUGGCUGCUCUGGGGAGACUGAUAUUCCGCGUCUGAGUGUGUGUGUGAGUAUGUGUGUUGCGCGACGCUGCCGUGGCCAUGUGAACGGAAAUACAUUCUGGAAGAUGCAUGUGUAUCUAUCUGGUUGGUGGGAGGAUUGAUUGCCCUUGAUGGUGGAUGGAACGAACGAACAGGUGUGGGUCCAUGACAUGGAGGUUCAACGCGUGCAACAAACAGUGUAUGUGCAUUCAUUUGUACAGGCAGGCAGGCGGGCAGAGAGGAG